GAUAGAGGUGGAGGGGAAACAAGAGCUGGGAAAUUCUCUGAACCCCUUGAGACCCCGCCCAUUCCUUCCGGAGCUGUUGGUGGGCGUGGGAGAAAGAAUGCGCAGGCUCAGUUGCACCUCCAGGGUCCUUACGGGAGCCACGCCUCUCCACAGUCUUAAAGGGGCAGAGCAUCUCUUAUCGCUCGGGACCUUUCGUACUUUUGCGGGGCGGGGGUGCGCAGGCGCAGUGGGGGAGCUCUGGAGUGUGGGGGAGCUCUGGAGUUGGGGGAGGUAGCGGUCUCGUAUCAAGUUGCUCCGUGUCCUCGCAGAGGAAGCUAGGACGCUGAAGGUCCAGUCUCUAACCUCUUCCCUACCAUAUCCGUUGGCAGAAAAAAGUUUGUGAAUUGGGCCCCCAAGUUUUGGGGAAACUGGGCUUGCGGCGCGGGGGGACAGAGGAGACUCCUGGGGAGCUUCCCCUAUGGAGCACACCCAGCCUGCAGAGGACCUCAUCCUGACCCAGCAGCCCCCUGCCUUAGAACUUGGGGACCCGGAAGACCCUGAGGAUGAAGCCCCAGAUGGCUCUGACACUGUGGUCCUCAGUCUCUACCCUUGCACCCCAGAGCCUGGGAAUCCUGAACCAGAUGCCAGUGUCUCUUCCCUGCAGGGCAGCUCCCUGAAGCACUCUACAACCCUCACCAACCGGCAGCGGGGGAACGAAGUGUCAGCCCUGCCAGCUACCUUAGACUCCCUGUCUAUCCACCAGCUUGCAGCCCAGGGGGAAUUGAGCCAGCUUAAGGAGCAUCUGAAGAAAGGUGACAACCUCAUCAACAAGCCAGACGAACGUGGCUUCACCCCCCUCAUCUGGGCCUCUGCAUUUGGAGAAAUCGAGACCGUCCGCUUCCUGCUUGAGUGGGGUGCUGACCCCCACAUCCUGGCCAAGGAGCGGGAGAGUGCCCUGUCAUUGGCCAGCACUGGUGGCUACACGGACAUCGUGGGGCUGCUGCUAGAGCGUGAUGUGGACAUCAAUAUCUAUGACUGGAAUGGAGGGACCCCACUGCUGUAUGCUGUACGUGGGAACCACGUGAAGUGCGUUGAGGCUUUGCUGGCCCGAGGCGCUGACCUCACCACUGAAGCUGACUCAGGCUAUACCCCGAUGGACCUCGCUGUGGCCUUGGGAUACCGGAAAGGUUGGCCUGAGACCCAUGGAGCAGCAAUGGGGUGCCAUAAGCAGGGAACCACAAAGGGUCCAACAGGUGAUUGAGAACCACAUCCUCAAACUUUUCCAGAACAACCUGGUACCUGCCAACUCUGAGUGAAGGCCACCUGCUGGGGACUCAGACACUCAGGGAACAAAACAGUUAAUUCAGAGCUGGGUAAACCCAGAACUGGCUUCCAAGGCAGCUCCGGGACAGGUGGUGGGAGGGGACCCUUCCCAAGAGGAAGCAAUAAACCUGUGCAGAA